AUGGAUAUGAGGAGGAGUGGAAGUGAGUGUGCCUGUCUGUGCCUGUGCCUGUUGUGGUGCCUGAUAGCGAUGGCCGAUGCUGGUGGAGGCGGGCGGGAGGAGGCUGUGCUGGUCAGUGAACUACUACCUACUCGCUGCCUCCGUUUACCUAUCUCAAGAUUGACUAUAUUCACAGCUAAUCAGGUUGAUUUAUGGGACACACGGCAGCCGACUGGCUUUUGCAAACCUGCACCUGGCACCAGCAAGCAGUGUGGUGUUCUUACCUGCAACCAACCGGGUCGCUGCAUUCUGGCCGGGGAUAGAGAGAUAGGCUCAUAUCUUGGCCACAUGUGCUGA